GUUGACUGUGCGUGAUGACGACCGGGAGAGCCCGGAGUGGUGCGCAGCGUAACAUUCCAUUGAGAAGAAGAGGGGAAAGAUGGCGUCCUCUAACAAUCCUCGCAAAUUUAGCGAAAAAAUCGCUUUGCAUAAUCAGAAGCAGGCGGAAGAGACCGCCGCGUUUGAAGAAGUGAUGAAAGACCUGAACAUCACCAGAGCUGCGCGGUUGCAGUUACAGAAGACCCAGUAUUUGCAACUAGGGCAGAAUCGUGGACAGUACUAUGGAGGCUCACUGCCCAAUGUCAAUCAGAUUGGAAAUGGCAACAUUGACCUGCCUUUUCAGAACUCAGUGCUGGAUACCAGUCGGACAACCAGGCACCACGGGCUGGUGGACCGUGUUUACCGUGACCGGAACCGCAUCACUUCGCCUCACCGCCGGCCGCUAACAGUCGACAAACAUGGACGCCAGAUUGACAGCUGUCCUUACAGCUCAGUUUACCUCUCCCCACCGCCAGACACUAGCUGGAGAAGGACAAAUUCAGACUCUGCCUUACACCAGAGCGCCAUGAAUCCAAAGCCCCAGGAGGUCUUUGCCGGGGGAUCACAGGAGCUGCAGCCUAAACGAGUACUGCUGCUAACAGUGCCUGGAACGGAGAACUCGGAGACAAGUGCAGACAACGAUGUGCAGAAACAGUUGUGGGAUGACGAGAAGGAUGAUUCAUCAAAGCCCAACACGUGUGAUGUCCCAGGAAUCAACAUAUUCCCCUCGCCAGACCAGGAGUUGAACCCAUCCGUGCUCCCAGCCGCACAUAACACCGGCGGUUCGCUGCCCGAUCUGACUAACAUUCAGUUCCCCCCACCGCUUUCUACCCCGCUGGACCCCGAGGACACCGUGGCCUUCCCCUCCCUCAGCGCAGCCAACAGCACAGGCAGCCUCACCACCAACCUCACCCACCUGGGUAUAAGCGCCGCCAGCCACGGGAUCCCCACUUCCUCUCAGCCCACCAUGACCGUGACUGCACAGCGCCGGCAGCCACCGGUGGUGCCGCUUACCCUAACCUCUGACCUCCAUCUCCAACAAUCUCCUCAGCAGCUCUCACCCACCCUUUCCUCACCAGUUAGCAUUACACAGGUCAUGCCAACAGAGUCAUUGACCCUGGAACAGCAGCUUUCUCAGUACCCUCUGUUCAACCAGCUGACAGCUCAGGCUCAGGCUCAGCUGAUCAGUGACCUCCAGAAGCAGCAGGCCCUGCCACAAGGCAUCCAGCUCAUUACCUUGCCAACUCUGGCCUCCGCUGGUACAGCGUCUGCCACUGCCAGCAGUCCCUCACCAGACAGCCAGACCACUGGCAGCAUGAGCAUCAGCUCGUACCGCAAUCAGACUGGCUCACCAGCCACUCAGUCUCCAACCUCCCCAGUCUCCAAUCAAGGCUUCUCCCCUGGAGGCUCACCUCAACACAUCCCCGUGGUGGGCAGCAUAUUCGGCGACUCCUUUUAUGAUCAACAGCUGGCAUCGAGGCAGACCAACGCUCUCUCUCAUCAGCUCGAGCAGUUCAACAUGAUCGAAAACCCCAUCAGCUCCACCAGCCUUUACAACCAGUGCUCCACCCUCAACUACACGCAGGCAGCCAUGAUGGGGCUCACUGGGAGCAGCCUACCCGACUCUCAGCAGCUCGGCUACAGCAGCCACGGCAACAUCCCCAACAUCAUCCUAACAGUCACAGGUGAGUCUCCGCCAAGCCUGUCCAAAGAGCUGACCAACUCUCUUGCGGGAGUUGGCGACGUCAGCUUCGACGCAGAUUCUCAAUUCCCUCUGGACGAGCUGAAGAUCGACCCGCUCACCCUGGACGGACUGCACAUGCUCAACGACCCCGACAUGGUGCUUGCCGACCCCGCCACCGAGGACACGUUUAGAAUGGACAGGCUGUGACGUGAAGAAAAAGAAAACUCGUUAAUGGAGAGAACCAAAGGGCAGGAUGAUCCCUCUUCCUCGUUGCAUGGCCGUCCAGCUGUCCGACUUUGCCCUUUGAAACAAUGCGGCACCAAAAGACAACAGGGGGGAAAAAAGACAUCCAGCGGCUCGCCGGGGGGAAUGCCUCGCUGUCGUUUUGAAUGAGAUUGGUCGCUCAGCGCUUUUGCUAGCCUACUGUGUUUACAGUGUACCAUUACAUGCCACAUAUAUUCCAAAAACGCACAUUUGGCGGUUUUCUUUUCUUUUCAUAUCCACUUUAUUAUUUAUUUUGUUGAUAUUUGCUUGUAGCAGGAAGCUGCUAGGACAUUGGGCGAAACUGCACCCGAUAUAAGCGGCCGUGUUUUUAAGAAAAAAGAGAGCGAGAAAAAAGAAACCGAAAAAAACAUGGUCGCUUUGCUAAUACCGUGCAAUGAAAUAGAACGGUUUUCCCAUCAUGCUAUAACGGCUUUCUAUUUCACACUCAAAGCUUUAUUUUUGACAACCAAAUGUUAUUUUCAUUGUGUACUUGUGUGUUU